AUGGUAUCGGUGCAGGGAGCCUCUGACCCUCGUUAUCUUGGGUCAACGUCCGGGAUAUCCUUCGCCCGUGUAGUCUUCGCAGCCGUCAAGAGCUCAGUCUCUGGCAACAAUUCCGAGCGUGGUAGCGUGCGGGGAACGAAGUCUGUAGCAGCAGCACCGGCAGCCGGAGGAACUUCCAUGCGAGACAGCUUUUUCGGCCUACACACGAAGCCCACUAUCAGGCAAGCCCCCUUUCCGGAUGAAGAGCUAGGUAGGAAGCUGGUGGACCUGUAUUUUGAACAUGCAAACCCUCAGAUCCCUAUACUACAUAGGCCUGAGUUUAUGAAAAUGUUCAUGCGUGUUUACGUCUCGGAUGAGCGAACACGCACUGCUCGGGAGUCGUACAUGCUGAACAUUGUCUUUGCAAUAGGUGCUGGCAUCAUCAUGGGUUCUUCCAAGGCGCAAUCGCCCAGUCAUGAUAGCUUUCCUCCAAGCAACAAGAAACGCAGGGUCAGUAGAAGCGAGCAACAUCAGGCAGAGGAAUAUCAUGCGUCAGCGAUUUUUCAUUUGGAGAGCUUCCUCAGCUCUGGCCCUGCAGCAGACCGCCCGGAUGGCUUCGGCGGCGGCUUGGAGGAAUUGCAGGCUGUACUGUUGCUGGCAGGAUUCGCUCUGCUGCGGCCCGUGGCACCGGGCUUGUGGUACAUUGUGGGUGUUGCUGUCCGUUUAGGGGUUGACCUCGGUCUUCAUUACGAGGACGGUGUUGAUAUUGAUGACACACCCUCGGACGAUGCUCCAAUUGACAGGAUGAAAGGUUCAUCGAGCAGCACCCCUACUAAGAUCGAUGCCCGAGAGCGCGGCCGUAGAGAGUGGGUACGAGACCUCCGAAGGCGAUUGUGGUGGUGUGUGUAUUCACUCGACAGGCUGGUCUCGACGUGUGUUGGUCGCCCUUUCGGUAUUACCGAUCAAGUGGUUACAACAGAGUUUCCCUCCCUACUCGAUGACAACUACAUCACGACUGGAGGUUUCCUGGAACCGCUUAGCGGCUCUGAAAAGCCUAGUUACAAGUUCGUGUCACAUCAUUAUUUCCGGCUACGAUUACUCCAGUCUGAAAUCCUUCAAGUCCUGCAACAUCGCCAGGCACAGCAGGCGCGAGCCAAUGGGGCCAACGAGGGCAACCAGUUCAUGCACACGAAGCUGCCUUCGCCUUUCCUACAGAACUUCUCCUCCUUCCGGCAAUGGCGUCAAGACAUAGAUCGCCGGUUGUGGGAAUGGAUACAGUCAGCGCCCAACCAGCUAGAGACUGGCGUACAGUUCUCUCCUCUCUUCCUGGAACUCAACUACUGGCAAGCAGUCAUCACGUUGUACCGGCAAAGCCUGGCUGUACCGGCAGGCUUAGUUGGAGAACUCCGCUGCGCUAAUGAAGAUGUCUCGAGUCCUUCAAUGGUCAAUAUCGAGGAGCAGGAAGACGAAGAAUAUAUUUUCUUAAAGGUUGCUGAAGCUGGCCAGAAGGUCUUGAAGCUGUACCGUCAGCUGCACCGCGUGCAUCUCGUGAACUACACUUUCUUAGCUACUCAUCAUCUCUUCAUGGCUGGUAUAUCGUUUCUUUAUGCGAUCUGGCACUCCCCGGUCGUACGAAGCCACCUGUCACUGGAUGAGGUGGAUUUCACCGUUCUGGCCGCGACGUCGGUACUAAGCGAUCUGAUUGAGAAGUGCCCACCUGCAGAAGCCUGCCGAGACGCCUUCGACCGCAUGAGCAAAGCAACUAUCCAGAUGUGUCUCUCGACAACCGGCUUCGGUCCUCAAGCUCUUGCGCAUCUAGUCAAGCUCAAGCCCCCGUCUUCUGGAUCACCCACCGUCUAUACCUCCGACCAGGUGGAUAGUUUUGGCAAUGGUCAGGACUACAGCCAUACAUCACAGAACCAGCAAUGGCGGCAGCCUCGCUUCGACAUGAACCUCAAAGACCUUUUCGUCGACGACGGGAUCGAAGUCCGCUCAUCCGGCAGCGUACGGGGUCUCCGGAGCAUGCCUCCACCGCUGCAGGCGCAGUUGCAGCAGCCAUCCCAACAGCGAGCCAUGUCUCAGACCCUCAAAUCCGAACCUUCCACAUAUUCAAAUGUGGACUCUCUCAUCUCUCCAACACUACAGCAGCAAUACUCCACAUCCACCUCGACGUCUUUGUCGCCCAAUCUCCCGCAACACGCACAACCACACGCAUCACAGAUCUCACCCUUUCAGAUAACGAAUCAGACGCCAUAUACGAGUUUUGCUCAGAACAUACAAUCCACAUAUCCCGAUUUUGGCGGCUUCAACGAUCUUGACUUCUUGGACUCGUUUCCGGUUAACGGAGCGAAUGCGAGCAACGGCGACAACCCCAACGCCCUUGAUCUCGGGUUUGGAAUGGGCUUUGAUGGUAAUCAUGACUGGGCUGACGGCAACGGCUUGGAUAUCUUUGAUGGGUUCUUCUUUGGGGGUACUGGGAAUGGGGGAGGACUGUAA